AUGUACAAAUUUGGUUUUGAAAAUUGUGAUAAAAUUAUUGAAUUAAGUGAAGAAGAAGUUCAUCGUAUUCCAUAUCUCUUAACAUUAAUAUCACGUAACGAUGAUUUUUUGUCAAUAAAAAAUAAUAAAAAUGAAUACAUAUUACACUAUCCAAUAUGUUAUAAUUUAUUAAUUCCAAUUUUAAAUUCAAUUAAUAAUGAAAAACCAUAUAGUUUAUUGAAUGAUUUAUCAAUAAAUGAAAAUAUUUUCGAUGUCCUUCAAUCAUUUGAUUAUCUUUGUUUAAAUCAAUCCAAGUCUUUAAAUAAUCAAGAUAAACGUUUUAUAUAUCAUGGAGCAAAAAAUCUUUGUGAAGUUCGUAAUACCGCUACUCGAUUUGUUCUUUCUCUAACUAGAAAUGAACAUAAUUUCAAUGAUUUACAAAAAGUUGAAUAUAUAUUCUCGUUAAUUUCGGUGAUAUUUUCAAAUAAAAGCAUCUUUAGUUCACAAUUUCGUUAUCAUACCUAUACAAUUCUUGAAGAAUAUGUUUUUCCAUUAUUUUUUAAAAAACAUCCAAUUUAUUUACUAAAUGAUAUUAAACAAAAUUAUAGAAUUGAUUCAAAUAUUUAUUUUUAUGAUGAUAAUCAAAUGAUUCCAAUUGAUUUUAAAAAUGAUUUUUUUUGGAAAGGUUAUUUUGAAUAUAUGAUAAAUAAUCUAAUAAAACAAACACAUAUUAUGAUAGUUGGAGCAACAAGUCCUGGGAAGUCGUCCGUACUCAGUUGUUUACUUGGAAAUCAGGUGAAUGAACCUUCUAGAAGUACUUAUAAUCUUUCACAAAAUAUUGAACAAACUGAAACAGAAUCAUUUAUUUUUCUUGAUACUCCUGGUCUUUUAUCGAAUGAAUCAGCAUCGUUAACAAAACAUUCAAAUUUAUAUUUAAAUGAAUCACAAGUAGCGCGAUUGGGUUAUUUUAAUACACGAUCUAAACAAAUACAAGUUGAUAAAUUUAAACAUAAAUAUAAAAUAAAAGUUGAAAAAUAUCGAUGA